AUGUCGAAGACGCACCCCGACGUAUCCGAGGCUCCCAAUGGAUUCUCUACACAGGUCAAAUGCGAAGUCAAGACAUGGCAUCUAUCGCAGAAGGAAGACGGCACCCCGGAGAAGACUUCCGUCGAGGGCUUUGGUCACGUCGAAGCAUCUACCGACGACUAUGCUCUUGUAGUGACUCGAAAGCUGGACAAGAAUCACAACCUUGAUUCGACUACACUCGAUGUCAACUCACCCUUUAUAUUGAACGCUUUCAGAGAUGUUGUCAAAUCUCACCCUACAAUACCCUCGGACUUUUCGACACGCGUGUCUAUACCCAUCCCGUCGGAAAUGCUGUUUCAUCACUGGGAUGACUUGCAGAAUUAUACUUCCGACCUUAAGGACGAUGCCGCCCAUCAGCAUCUCGACUUGUUGCUUCAAUUCAUGGAAUUCGAUAUGGGUGCCGCGAGGAAGAACUACCUAUCCCAGGUCCGCAGUGGCCUGGUCGAGUUUGCCAGGUUGGGCGUUCUCUUCCGCCCAGGCGACACAGUCGUGACUUAUGUCAAAUCUCACCCAUGGCUUUUGAAAGUGGAAAAGACGGCAUAUGAGACAAACGAGAAGCGAGGAAAGUACUGCGAAAUCCAAUGUUCGUUUUCCGAUUACGAUGGCGAGAAGUAUGGUGUUUCGAAACAUCUGUUCCGCAUCUAUCAGAAAGAAGACUUUGGCUCCGAUCACCCUUCGAAGAUUCUGGAUCUGAAGGUGUUUCCGAGGGAGUGUGCGCCUGAUGACAAAGAUCUGGAAAGUCGUCUGCGUGAAAGAGGAGAGCUGUUUUUGUCAAUCACUGGUAUCCUGGUCCGCCAGUACGAUGGCCCUGCUGAAUACUUGAAGACACCACCUCUUGAGUUUUUCCACCCGGAUGAGAAUGAAUGGCCUCAGCUUUGGAUGCCAUUCACAGAAACUGGACGAGUCAUCAUCGACCGGAAAACCUUUGAGCAGGACCACCCCAGCGGGAUCAUAAGCAAGAGGUCCUUUGAGUCGUUGGAUACUGCGUUAUGUCCACCUUACGUGCUUGGGUACUCCUGCAGCCGCAAAAAUUGGUGUCGCUACUACGUCACAAACCUGCGAGAGGUACCUUGGAAGACCAACGCUUUCAACGAGCUCAUCUUGCCACAGAGUCAACUGAAUCUCGUACGCGCACUAGUCACUUCUCACAACUUCCCCACCGAUGCCAGGGACGAAGAACAGCAAAAGGGUAAGGGCUUGGUAUGUCUCCUCCACGGCCCCCCUGGCUCAGGAAAAACCUUAACCGCCGAAUGCGCUGCCGAAAUCACAGCAAAAGCACUCAUCCGCGCCUCCAUCUCCGAGCUCAACAAACAUGACAGCCCCUGGUUUUUCGAAUUCGAACUUACCAAACUUUUACGCCUCGCUACGACUUGGAAAGCGAUUGUGCUUUUGGACGAGGCUGAUGUGUUUUUGGAAGCUAGAAGGGAUGAUUCUCAUGAAGCUACCAAUCGCAAUGCUCUGGUUGCUGUUUUCCUUCGGCAUUUGGAAUAUUUUUCUGGUAUUGUGUUUCUGACUACGAAUCGUAUUCAUGUGUUUGAUGCUGCGAUGAAGUCGAGAGUUCAUCUUGCAUUGGGCUACUACGAACCAGACAAGGAAGGCCGUCGUAGGAUUUGGAAGCAGAGUCUGGAGAAACUGCAACAGGAAGACUCUGAACUUGAUAUCGAUAACAUCUCCGAGCAGCUGUCGAAGGAAAGAUUGAAUGGACGCGAGAUUUUCAAUACGAUUCAUACUGCGAGUACACUUGCCCGAUUUGGAGCUGAGAGGUUGCAUUUGAGUCAUAUCCAGGAGGUGCUUGGGGUGAGGAGGGAUUUUGAGACGAGUUUGGAGAAGAUGAGGCAUUCGGCAUUGGGGCAUUCUGCUGAAGUUGUUUCUCAAGGGUCGAUUCUGAAUGAGGAGCACGAUAAAGCUGAUAGUUGA